CGUUAGGUCAUGUCAUGUCUGAUAUCUCACGUCAUGUCAUGUUAUCUUAUUAAUUGUCAAUUGUUUGUGAAGAUAUAAUACGUUUGCAAUUUGUUUUGUGAUUAUUUUAAAUAAUAUUAGUAAAUAGUUAUAUACAUUUUCUAUAAUGGCUUCUACAAUUUACUUUGAAAAUCAUAUAUUGUCGAAUAUUCAGUGCACAGACGUAUCAGAUUUGAAGAGCAUUAUUUCAUCACAAUAUGGUGUUCAUUCCGACGAUUUAUUCGUUGUUAUCAAUGGUAAGAAAGCCAUAGAUGAAUCGAGUCUGCUUAAUAGUAAUAAUGUCGUCAGAAUUUUCACGAGACUCGUUGGUGGGAAAGGCGGAUUCGGGUCUAUGUUGCGAGCCAUUGGCGCUCAGAUCGAGAAAACCACAAAUCGGGAAGCGUGUCGAGAUCUUUCCGGGAGACGGUUACGUGAUAUCAACGAAGAGAAAAGAUUAAGAAAAUGGUUGGAGGGACAAGACGAGCGCGAGCGGGAGGCUGUUGAAAGGAAACAGAAAAAGUUGGAGAGGUUGAUCGCUGAACCAAAGAUUAAAGUAAACUUAAACCCAGAAUACGAAAAAGAGCGUGAAGAAUUACCUGAACGUGUAAGUGCAGCCAUAGAUGCAGGCUGGCAAGCAGCAGGGUCAUCAAAAGAAGGUACGAAGAGGAAAAUAGAAGAUAAUCAGAGUAAAAAUAAAAAGAAGCCCAAGUUGUGGAUAGAUGCUGAAUUAUCAGACUGUUCGUCUUUAAGCGAAGAUGAAGAGGAAGAACUCAAAAUAAACACCGCACAAACUGUUUCGACGGACAGUGGAAAUGAAUCUGACAGAGUAUCGGAGUGUAGUAAAGCCUAGUAUACAUAGUGAUUAGAUAUUGGACUUAGGAUAUUUAAGCUGUUAUAGGUCAUUAGUCUGAAAUAUACAUUUAGGUUUACUUAAAUUAUCUAUGAAUAUAUUAAUACCCAAGUUAUUGUAG